AGCUAACGUGAUAAUGGGUGAUGACAUAUCAACGGCCCUCUAUACCCCGUCUUCGAUUAUUACAUGUGUGUGGUUUUAGGUUAUUUUGAGGGUAACUGCUAGCGAGCUGGCGUGCGCUUACUUCGUAUUACCUGUCAGGCGAUCGCUGAGCUUCAAUCAGCUGGCUGUGUUGCAUGCUCGAAUCGUCGCGUGCGCCCGAGUCUGUGUUCGGCGUUUGACAUCGCAGGCGAUCAGCUGCAAUAUCAACGGAGAGAGAAGGAUAGAAGAUUCAUUCGUAGCUCAAGCUCAAAGAGAGAAAACAUCUCGUCUCGCUGGCGGAUUUCUCUUCUAGUCACAGUGACUGUUCUUUACAAGACACCCGUUUGGAUUUUUCGUGAAUUGAAUUCUUUUUAAUUUGUAUGGGACCUCGAGCUAGGUGAAUCAUGGUGGCUAUCGAGUUAGUGAUUCUUGUUCUUGUUUUGUGGAUGGUUAAGAGUUUUGUCUCCAAGAGAUAUGGCAAGCAAUAUCGCUUACCACCCGGACCUCCUGCCCUACCAAUCAUCGGCAACUUGCCGGUAUUCAUGACGGGGAAAGCCCCGUAUCGCGUCAUGAAGAACCUCGCGGACAAAUACGGGAGCGUCUUCUCCCUCAAGAUCGGCACAACUCCAUUCGUCGUGCUCAAUGACGUCGACUCGAUCAGGGAAGCCCUCCACCAUCGCUCCGUCGACUACGCCGGACGCCCCUGCCUCUACUCCGUUAGCCUCAUGAGUCGAAACAACUGCGAUAUCGUUUUCGGCGACUACACCCCCGGCUGGAGGUUGCACCGCCGCGCCACGGCGGCGGCCCUGCACAAGAAUAUCCGCGGCGUGGGCUGCGAGGCAAUGGGAAUUAAAAUCACUCGCGAGGCGGAAUAUUUCACCCAACUUCUCAUGAAGAAAGCCGGACCUGUCGUCGACAUCGAGAACGAGCUCAACCUCGCUAUCAUCAACAUCAUCUCACAGCUCACAUUCGCUACGAGAUAUACCUUGGACGAUCCCGAGUAUCAAGCCCUGGUUGACAGCAAUCAAAAAUUCUCAAGCCUCUUGAAACCAGGAGAUCCCAUCGAUGUGUUCCCAGCACUAAAGAUCUUCCCGAGCAAAAAGCUUCGUCUCGUCCAGGAGCUGAUCGGCAGCCGCGACGCCAUUCUGCAGAAGAAAUACGAUGAACAUCUCGCAACCUUUGACCCAAAGAGCAUCCGGGACAUCACGGAUACUCUGAUCGCCACCAUGAAGGAAUCCAAGGAUCAGAACGGAAAUGACGUAUUCUGUGCCGAUCACGUGGUUAUGGCCACGUGGGAUAUGUUCCUGGGAGGUUACGAAGCGACUUACAAGACGAUCAAGUGGGCCAUUGCCUUCCUCAUCCAUCACCCCGAGGUCCAAGCCAAAAUUCAGUCUGAAAUGACAGCAGGAUUUGGGGACAGGAUGCCGACGUGGGAGGACCGUGCCAAGCUGCCAUACCUGGAGGCUACCGUCUUGGAGACCCUUCGUCAAAGCUCCAUGUCAUCCAUGAACGGACCUAGACGGACAACGUGUGAUACACAGGUCAAAGGUUACGACGUUGCCAAAGACACAACGGUAUUCUGCAAUCUCUGGUGGGUUCACCACGAUCCAAAGAACUGGAAAGACCCGAUGAGCUUUAGACCAGAGCAUUUCCUGACCGAAGAUGGCAAGGUAUCCGUUCCACGCGCCUUCCUCGCCUUCUCGCUGGGCAGCCGGGCCUGCAUCGGUAGUCAGCUCGCUCUCAUGCAACUUAUACUUCUUCUCGGGGGCCUCCUACAAAGGUUCAACCUGCGGCAAGCAGUCGGGGAGCCUCUGCCGGACCUCGAACCUGGCUCCGAGCUUGUCAGAACAGUCGGUGAUUACACGAUGUGCCUAGAGGUUCGGUAAAACCCGGGUAAACAUCCAGAAACUAAGACAUUCACAGAGAAGUUAUGAUGAUAAUUGGACUCACCGCCAUGUUGCCGUUUCUGACCAGAGAUCGAGCGCCGGUGAAGUUCCGUAGAGGUUCGGCUUCUCCAAACAGAACAUGUUUUAAUCGCAAGAGAAAACAGCAAACAAUUUUAUCGAAGGACUUUAUGAGAUUUAUGUCAUAUUAUAUACCUCAUCCAUGAUUGGAUAGCACCGAACCAGGUCAAAGGGGAACGGAAAUGCAGACAGUGAGCAUGCGCAGUCUAUUUCGCAGAUAUAUCGUCGUGAUCGUUUGAACGUAUCGUAUCGAUGGAUGUAACGUCUGGUGGAAAGAAAAAAUGGAGUGAAAUCCUCACGUGUGGAAUGCAUGUCUGGAUUCUCAUUCGCCUGUGAUGUUUUGUCGUUUUUCAAUGAAAAUUCUCUAGCGUGUAAACUUAAGUCUUUCAAGAUCUUGAUUUUUAUACCUUUGUUAAUAUGAUCACUUUCGUCAACUGUGUCAAAAUACAGGCCUUUUUUAUUCUGUAUCGAAAGACGAGAGUGGUAUUUUUUCAAAUGUUAUUCAUCCUCCAGUAAAUGCUUUUCAAGAUGACCGAACCGUGAUGAUGGUAUUCAAAUUGUGAAUUCUAAAAAUUGCCAAAUGUGAACUCUAGUGCUUCAAAUGAAAAGAACAUUGAUAUGGGCGUAGUUUUAAUAAGAUAGACUGCUUCCCUAAACGUUUAAUUCAUAUUAUUAUGGCGAAGUGUUUUCUCUUAUUAUUUUCUAUUUAUUGCUUUAACGAGUAGUUAAUUAAACUUAUACAUUUAUAUAAAUUGACUACUUAAGUUAAUCCUCAAAACGGCAACGUAUUAUAUGAGCAUGAAUUCCAUACGAUCUUUAUGUAGAUGUUAAUGGUGGUCAGAUAUUUAGGGUUAUAUUGUAGAUAAGAGAUUUAUCUUUCUUUCCUGUGUGAAAAGAAUGCAUCAGUAUUCUUUGAAUUGGCCACUCCUUGAACGAGGACCAAGACUUUGUGAUACCAAAGAUAUGUAGGUUAUAUUCUUGAUCAAAACUUUUAUGUUAGUAGAUAGCAGUUCUGUCUUUAUUUCAUCUUCUCUUUCUUUCCAUCUUGAUUUGCGUCGCCGCUGUCUAAAGCAAAAUAAUCAUCUUGUGUUAGAACUAUACCGUAAACUGUAACGUUUUGUUUAUAUUGGUUAUAUUCGGGGAUUUUUGAAAGAAUUUCUAAGCAAUGACGGUUUACGUCAUGAACCCACUCCUUUACUGUGCUGCAUCAAAAAUGAACUUGAUUGCAAUUUCGUAUACGAUCGAGAACUAACCAAUCACGAGCAAGCAUUUUUUAAAAGAUGCACCCUGAUUGGAUGAUUCCGUACUGGGUUCUGAUUGUAGGAAUUUGCAAUCAAUCGAAAUUGAAUGCAGCAUUGUCAACAUAAGUCAUUUUGCUUCUCUUCCCAUGACCGUAUAUUGCCUCUUUGUGUUUUCUCCAGAUAUUUUAUCAAUUUAUGAGAAUAUUUAGUAGGAAUGCACCUGCUUGUCAAAGAAGAAAAAACACUAAAUUAAUUCUUUAUUAUCGAUUUAAUGUGUUUGACUUAAAGAACCUUACGACGCUCUUCAGAACGUUGUAUUGAGGAGAUAAGCUAUUAUCAAAGAGUUACUACUAACUCCUUGGCUAUAUUGGACAAAUUGCCUUGUGUAAGACGUUAGUAUUUUCUGAAGACUUUGAAGAUUAGUUAACAGCCUAUAAAUAUAAAUAUGAAAUAUAGUUUAUCGAAUUAUUUUGCUCUAACCAUGACCUUCAAAAUGUGCUAGAAAUAAAGUUAAUCAUCAAUAGGAUAAUCAGGAUACACGUUUAGAAGGUUUGAAUGAAGCUUGUUACAAAGUCAACAAAGACAUUCUUUACCUAUUCAACACUUUUGAUCAGAGGUUUAUCGAACGAACUUCUCUUUCCAACUUUGCUUGGGUGUUAUAUCUGUAAACGUCCACAAAUAAUUGUGUAUUUUUUUUCCAUCAAAUACUCGCUUUAGUUCUUUCUGACUCUUUCCUUUUUAAACUUUGUUUUGUUUUCUCUUUUGAACUCUCAAAGACAGUAAAAAUAAAAUGUGCGAAUGUGCCAAUUAUUCUUAAACUUGGAGAGGGAGAUCACGAAGGGAAGUCCAAACAGCCCCAAAGUGGAGAUCUCGAUCCUCUUAAGGCAAAGACAAAUUCUUUAAACGUGUCAAGAUGUUAAAUAUGAUUUUAAUCGUUUCUGUAUGAAGAUGUAUUCGAUAUUGAGAGAUUGCGACUAUUGCAUGUGUAUUCAGUGUACAAAAUAAAUAUAUGUGUAUGUGAAUUAUAAUGAUAUCUGUCAUGAAAUUUUGACCUGAAUGUCACUAUUUACUAAAUAAACUUCCUAAAGGUUAUAGAUUAUCAGCA